AUGGGCUCUUCGCGAGCAUCCUGGAUAGGGCGUGUGGGAGGGCAAGGGAUGUUGGCAUUGCUGCUGGCCGGUCUCCUCCUGCGAGGGACCUUGGCCAAGAGCAUUGGGACCUUCUCAGACCCCUGCAAGGACCACACGAGUACCACCUCCCCCAGUGACCCCUGUCUCCUGGGGAAGGGGGGCUCCAGCAGCUUCAGUAGCCAAAGUGGCUCCAGCAGUUCCAGCAGUUUUCUUUCGAGUUCCAGUGGCUCCAGUGGCGGCUCUAGUGGCUCCCGUGGUGGCUCCAGUGGUGGCUCCAGUGGCUCCAGUGGUGGCUCCAGCGGAUCCAUUGCUACCCAUGGUCGUUCUUCAGGAUUUUCGUUAUUUAAGCCAGGAACGGGGUAUUCCCAGAUAAGCUACUCCUCGGGAUCUAGCUCUGGUCUACAGGGUGCAACUAGCUCCUCCCAGUCAGGAAGCACCAGCUCCCAGUCUGGAGGAGGCUCGAGCUCUUCUGUUUCCCAAACCUCCUCGAUGUCCAGCAGCAGUGGCCAGAAGGUCAACGCCAAGCUGCACCCCUGUAGUUCCAACAUCCCUGACUCUCCCUGCAGUGGGGGACCCAUCGUCUCGCACUCUGGCUCCUACAUCUCCAGCUCCCAUUCUGUGUCUGGUGGUAAAAUGCCUGUAGUGGUGGUAGUGGAGCAGCAUGGCUCUGGUGGCCCCAGAGUGGGUCAAAGCGUCCCCUGUAGCAAUGGUGGCCUUCCAGGCAAGCCCUGCCCCCCCAUCGCCUCUGUAGACAAAUAUGGCAGCUAUGAGGUGGUGGGUGGCUCCUCUGACAGUUAUCUGGUCCCAGGCAUGACCUACAUCAGGGGCAAAAUCUACCCGGUGGGCCACUUCAUCAAAGAGCACCCCAUCAAAGGCUCUCCAAGGGUUCCCUCCUUUGCAGCCGGGGCCCCCAUCUCUGAGGGCAAAUACUUCUCCAGCAACCCCAUCAUCCCCAGCCACAGCUCUUCUAGUUCCAACAUCUACCAGUCGGGAGCUUCCUCGGCCAUUGUGUUCCAGCCGGUGGGCUCUGGUGGAGUCCCGCCCUAUGGCGUUGGCUCCAAGGGCUCUAAGGAGCCCUGCUCCCUCUCCAGCUCUGGAGUCCACAGCAGUUCUAGCCUUUCCAGCAGUUCUGGUUCAUCUUUCCAUCCCUGUGGUGGUGUUUCCCAGAGGCUCAGCUCCUCACCAGGCACUGGCUCCUUCAGUGGCAGCUCCAGCUCCCAAUCCCAUGGUGAAAUCAUCCUUCAACCCUGUGGCAGCAAGUCCAGCUCUUCUGGUCACUCUUGCAUUUCUGUCUCCUCCUCAACAUUGAGUAGGGGUGCAGGUGGCUCUUCCCAACAUGACCCCUCAGCUGGUGCCAAGCCCUGUGGCUUUGGCGGCUCUGGAACUAUCCCCUGCCACUCCAUCCGGGACAUCCUAACCCAAGUGAAGCCCCUGGGCCCCCAGCUAGCUGACCCUGAAGUUUUCCUGCCCUAG